AUGGCGUCGAAUGAAGUUCUUGUUGUGGUUUCGAGGGAUGCUAUUCAAAGUAUUUCUUGUGAUGGCUAUACACUUGAGGCGCGAGCUUCUGCAUCAGGCCCGAGUGCAGGAGAAAUUUCUGGAAUUGCAGCGGCAGGUGGUUCUGCGGCUGUUAGUUAUAGUGCUGGCGUAGCGAGAUAUUCAUCGAGGUUGGAAUUGGAAAGGGAUGCCGCAUUUGGCGGGUACUCAAACAACAUUCUCAGUAUUGCUGUCACUCCUGAUGAUAAUUGGAUAGCAACGGGAGGUGGAAAUGCGACUGUUACAGUCUGGUCACGCGAUAUGAAUCCUUUGCAUUAUCUAGCAGGCCAUACAGAUUGGGUUCGAUUUGUCAAAUUUACGAGAAUGUAUAAUGAUACACUACACCUGUUCAGUGCUGGAGAUGACGGAUUAAUUCUCCAUUGGGAUCCUUUAACUGGCGUAAUGCUUUCGAGACUAGAUUAUUCUCAGGGACAAGGUAUUCAGGCCUUUGAAGUUUCAUGGGAAAAAGGACUUAUAGCGGUUGCGUGUGAUAAUCCAACAAUUGCUCUCUACAAACCCCAAGACAAUGAAGGUAAAAUGGCCCUGCGUAAUGGUGAGGUUGCCAGACUCGAAAAUAUUGGACGGAUUACCGAUGCGCAUCGAUCGGUUCCUACUGCAGUGCGGUUUUCUAGAGAUUCUCAAUGGGUAAUUAGUGCUGGGGAAGAUGAAACACUUGCUGUUUCCUCAGUUUGUGAACCAAGACGGAUGUUUGUCUGCUGCGAUUUUAUUACAAGACGGCAUUGUAUGACCUUUAUGAAUACAUUCACUUCACUUUGUAUUCUUGCUUCGCCACCCGAUUCCACCGUUAUAAUAAUUGCAGCAUGUGCUAGUGAUGGCACUGUUAUCCAGUGGGUCGUUAAUCCAACAACUUCGAAAUCCACCUACACAAAGAAAUUGCAGCUGCAUCUUGGAGCGCUUGUGGCUAUGGAUGUGGUACGUGGUACGACAGAGUGCUUAUGA